AUGAAAAAUUCAAUGUUUAGUGUUGCUGAAAUUGCAUUGUUUUCAUUUGGUUGUUUAGUUGUGUUUCUAGUUGCCAAACUUACAAUAGCACUAUGGUGGAAGCCUCUGCAAAUAGCCAAGCACUUUCAAUCUCAAGGCAUUAAUGGCCCUCCUUACAAGCUACUCUUUGGAAAUUCUCUUGAAGUAAACAAGUUAAUUUACGAGGUCACAUCCAAACCUAUGAAACUCUCCCAUGACAUUGCAGCAAGAGUGCAGCCUUACUACCAUUACUGGUCCAAAAUAUAUGGGUCCAUUUUCCUAAUCUGGCUGGGGCCCGUACCAACACUAGUAAUUGGUACAUCUGAAUUGGUGAAGGAGGCGCUAGCUGAUAAGAAAGGGUAUUAUGGAAAACCAAGAUGGGAUCCUUUCAUGAAAGAGCUGCUUGGAGAAGGCCUGAUUGUGCUCAAUGGGGAUAAAUGGGCGCACCACCGGCGGAUUAUAAAUCCUUCUUUUCAUACUGAUAAGCUCAAGGAUAUGGCUUCUUCCAUGGUGGAGAGCACUGUCAAUAUGCUAGAAAAAUGGGAGAAAGUUACAAAAACUGGUGAGAAAGAAGUGGAUGUGGCUGUGGAAUUAAAGGCUUUAACUGCAGACGUUAUUGCUCGCACAGCGUUUGGUAGCAGCUAUCUCCAAGGAAAGCAUAUUUUCGACUUGCUGGCUCAGCAAGUAUCCUUGGCCUGCCAAGAUUAUGCAAAAUUAAUGGUUCCUUUCUAUAGAUUUGUGCCCUUCAAAAGAAACAGAGAGCGUUGGAGACUCAUCAAAGAAAUUAAGAGUGCUCUCAAAGAGCUUAUUGCAGAGCGAGAAAAAGCUGGUGCAAACACCACCCAAGGCUAUGGCAAUGAUCUGCUUGGCACCAUGAUGAACACAAUCCAAGAGAUGAGAAGCUCUGAAAGCAAUCAGGGUCUCACAAUAGAGGAAAUCAUAGCUGAAUGCAAAACAUUUUUCAUCGCUGGUCAAGAGACUACAAGUAAUCACUUAGCAUUUGCCAUUAUUCUCUUGGCCAUGCAUCCAGACUGGCAAGAGAAAGCACGCUCAGAAAUACAACAAGUCUGUGGAAAUAGCCAUCCAAAAUUUGAGACAGUAAACAAACUAAAAACUUUAGGAAUGAUUCUGAACGAGGCGAUCAGGCUCUACUUACCAGCUGUUGGGCUGAUUAGAGAAGCCCAUAAGGAUACAAAACUAGGAGGAAUUUCAAUUCCUGAAGGCACGCAGGUGCUGUUCCCUAUGCUUACAUUGAAUCACGAUACAUCUCUGUGGGGAGAGGAUGCAAAUGAAUUUAAGCCUGAGCGGUUUAGUGAGGGAAUAACUAAGGCUGCUAAGGAUGGCUCUACUGCAUUUGUCCCUUUUGGAUAUGGAUUGAGGUCGUGUGUGGGCCAAAAUUUUGCUAUGCUCCAAAGUAAGGUUGUCCUUGUCAUGAUUCUGCAACGCUUCUCGUUUGUUCUUUCUCCUGGUUAUGCCCAUGCACCGACAGCACCUAUUACGAUUAAUCCUCAACAUGGAGCUCCAAUCAUUAUCCAUAAACUGCAUUCGGAUGACAACACGGUUUGA